AUGGUCCACAGGCCGCGGGAUGUGCUUUCCAAGGACGAACGUGAUGCGCUUAGAGAACUCAAGGCCGACAAAGACUUUGUCAUCGUGCCAGCGGACAAGGGGCGCUCCACGGUUGUGCUGGACAGGAAAGACUACUUUCAAAAAGCCAAACGUUUGCUGGAGGACCGACAGUUCUAUGUUUCAUGUGCAACGAAAUCUUUAAAGGCGCUGACACGCAAAAUUAAUGCUACGAUGUUGGCCUCGGAGAACUCAGGUGCAAUAACACCGACCGACAGACGCAUGGUGAGACCCCAAGAUACGGCUUUGGCCCGAUUCUAUGGCCUCCCUAAGGUGCACAAAGACGGCGCUCCUCUCCGACCCAUCGUGUCGCUCAAAGGUACUCCAACGUACGGACUGGCUAAGUGGCUGUGCCGGCGUCUCAAGUUCCUGACCGCUGAGUCACACACCAGGGUCUCUUCGUCAGUAGAAUUCCUGGAGAAACUCAAAGGGGUAAGCCUCCAUCCAAAUGAGGUCAUGGUAUCUUUUGAUGUUACAUCCAUUUUUACUUCUAUUCCCCAGGACCUGGCGAUCGAGACAAUGGAGCUGCUUCUGCAAAGCAAAUACGAUGAAACGGAGAAUCGUCUUGGACGCGCCCAAGUCCUUCAGCUCCUGAACUUCUGUCUCAGGACGUACUCCACGUUCGACGGGACAAUCUACGAACAGGCGAAGGGCACACCAAUGGGUUCGCCGAUUUCGGGAUUCAUCGCCGAGGCGGUCCUGCAACGGUUAGAGUCGCUGGUCUUCCAACACCACAAACCGACGUUCUGA